UUUAACCGAGGAUAUCCGACAUAAUCAAUGACCGCGGCUGGCGGCACACUCUCCAGCGGCGACUCUCCACUCACCGACCGACGCAAUUUUUAUCUACCGCACACACACACACACAAGCUCCACUACCUGCAGCUGUCUAGUCAAAAUACGGUUACGUGUUGACGGCGGUGACGAUAGUGCAAUCCGACACCGCGCGCCGAUUUCCGUUGGACGUCCGACGAGCGAUCAAUAAUAAUAGUCGUUUCGCACGCAUAAUAUUACUUGAAGUAUAAUAUCACACUAAUAAUAUCGAGUGCUAGAUUUUUAUUUGCCGUUGCCAUACAACGCCAAAGUCAUGUCGUACGAGCGUAACGGCAAUCGCAUAUCGUUCACGGUUCUAAAGGCUGUCGCGGUGUCUGGUCCGUCAGCCGUCACGCCGUCUGCGCGGCCGUCUCUGUAAACUGUAAAAUCAACGUCCGUCGCUGUGCACCCGUCCAGCCGUAACGUUCAUCUUGUGGUUCAAUAUUGCUGAAGAAUAAUUGUUGAAAGUGGAAUAAAUUGUAACCGCUAUUUAAAAAUAUAUACAAUGUCUUCCGAAGAUCUGUUGCAACCAGGGCACAUAGUGAAGGAAAGGUGGAAGGUGGCUAGAAAAAUCGGUGGUGGUGGAUUUGGAGAAAUCUAUGAAGGACAAGAUCUAGUUACUAAAGAACUUAUAGCAUUAAAAGUAGAAUCAGCUCGUCAACCUAAGCAAGUUUUAAAAAUGGAGGUAGCUGUCUUAAAAAAACUGCAAGGAAAGGAACAUGUGUGCCGCUUCAUUGGUUGUGGACGAAACGAGCGUUUCAACUAUGUUGUAAUGCAGUUACAAGGAAAAAAUUUAGCAGAAUUGAGAAGAGCCCAACCAAGAGGUGCAUUUUCACUAUCUACUACACUGAGAUUAGGACAUCAAAUUCUGAAAGCUAUUGAAAGUAUACACGAAGUUGGAUUUUUACAUAGAGACAUCAAACCAUCUAACUUCGCAGUUGGAAGACUUCAUCAAAAUUGUCGUUGUGUCUUUAUGUUGGACUAUGGCUUAGCUAGGCAAUUUACUACAUCUAGUGGUGAAAUCAGAACUCCUAGAACAGCAGCUGGUUUUCGGGGCACUGUUAGAUAUGCUUCAUUAAAUGCUCAUAAAAAUAAAGAAAUGGGAAGACAUGAUGAUCUGUGGUCGCUAUUUUAUAUGCUAGCUGAAUUUGUUAACGGACAAUUACCAUGGCGAAAAAUCAAAGACAAAGAACAAGUUGGUGUAAUGAAAGAAAACUAUGAUCAUCGUUCACUUCUUAAACAUCUCCCAUCUGAUUUGAAACAAUUUUUAGACCACAUUCAGUCUCUAGAAUAUGGGGACAAACCUGAUUAUUCUAUGCUAACGAGUCUUUUUGAACGAUGUAUGAAACGUCGGGGAGUUAAAGAAUCUGAUCCAUUUGAUUGGGAAAAACCUUCAGAAAUUGUUCAACCAGCAGUUACAGUUAGUGUUCAUACAAACAACACUACCCCUGCUGUGAUAUCUCGGCCAAUGACUUGUACUUCUUAUGGUGGUGAACUUAACAAUCAGCUCGCUAUUUCAACAGCUUUAGAUAAUGAUCAUGAGGAUGUUCCAGAAAAUAAAAAAGAAAAAGUGCAAUGUGAAAAUAAUAUAGUAUAUCGGCGAGUUCAUAAACAUGAUGGUGAUAUAAAUAAUUCAGGAUCUAACAGAGUUUCGACUACUAAUAAAAACUACAGUGCAACCUCUGGUCCUCCACUAAACCAUUUGCCUGUUCCUAAAAGUUCACCAAAGAAAGCAGUGCAACGCAGAGCAGUUUCAAUGCCUGGAUUAGAAAGAGAGACUGAGAUCUUAGAAUCAUCAAAGCGUAAUUCAUCACAAACAACAAAUUGUAUGGUAGAUCCUGGUAAUCUACCUUUGAGUGUUGAACCUGUUGUAAAUUCUGAAAUAGGCAAUUUGGUCACAUCAACAUCAGUACUGACAACUCAAGAAGCUACUAAAGUUCCCACAUCAAGUUCUCCUGUGGUCGAGGCAGAUAAUGUUUCGAAUCAAGUAAAGAAAGAGCAGCGCAGCUUACAUUUUGCCAGACGUCAGCCUACGUCUAAUAGACAAGCCUUAAAAUCGUCUACUACUACAACCAGGGAUGUAACAUAUACACAAUUUGCUGUCAUUGACGAUGAUAACAUAUCUGCUAUGCAACAAGUCACAAGAGGAGGUGGAGGAGGUCUAACUCUAAUGUCGCAGUGGAAGUCACAGUUUGACGAUUCUGAAGAAACUGACAACGAAUGGAAAGGGGAAAAUCUACAAAGCCCCGAACAUCGAUUAAGCUUACAUGGUACUUCAAUGAGUGGAAAGGACAACAAUUCCUAUUAUCAUCCUAAUAGUUCGUGUAAAACACCCGAUAAGAUUAUUGGAAGAGAUCAGUUAAUGCAAUGUCUUGCAAAAUAUCAAGAUAGUUUAUUGCAUAAUUCUGUUUUAUCACGAGCAUGGAGCGAAAUACAAAUAGCCUCUAAAAUAAGAACUAAUCUCGAACCACCUUGGCUGCAAGAAGCGGUAUUUGAUGAUGUAGUUUAUGAACUUGAUACAAGUAGAAAUAUAGCCAUGAGAAACUCGUACAAAAAUAAUACAAAACAUUUACAAAGAUCCAUUAGUAUAGCUAACAUAAGUUUGAGCGUUAUUCCUAAAAAAGAUUUGCACACACAAUUGAUACGACAAACUAAAAUGAAAUUAAAAGUUCCUUCUCUGCAAGUUACCACUAACACUACCAGAUCUUCCAAUGACGCUGAUGAAAUAUCGGGAAAAUUAUAUGCCGAUGAAUCUCUUAAAAAUGGAAACGAUGACUCUGAAAAUUGUCCAAUGGAGACUGUGUCAGGAAAGUUGGAAAUCAGAGUUAUUGAUCGUCAUGUGAAUGGUAAUGAUAAUAAUUAUGAUGCAAUGAAUAUUAAAUCAACACCAGAAAACAAUGAAGAAAAUGAUGAAGCUCACCGAAAAUGGUCAAGAAAUAGAAACAGUGACCUAAUGAAUUUGAAUGGCAAACAUUUUGAAGAAAAUGAGUUGUCUAACAUUAGCCUAAAAUCAUAUUCAUCCUCUGACCCAAACAAUAGAAUGCCUGACCAUAGCAGGAACAAAAAACCACCACAGGCAAUACUACUCAACAAAAAUAGUAAAAUUCCUCUUCCAGUCAAUUUUAAAUCAUCGGAUGGCACUGAAACAAAUCUACCUGUUUAUAGCGAUGAAUCUAAAUCUAGUAUAGUCAGUAAUAAUGGAAAUAAGUUACCGGACCCAAUAUUGAAAAACCGAGGUCAAAAUGUACUCACCGAUGUUCGUAGUAAACCACCUAGAGCACAUGAUGAAAUUGAUGACCAAUAUACACCCGGCCUGAGGCGACGUAGACAAAAUCAAGAUAAAUAUGUCACAGAUCCGUCUCAAUUAAAUUUAAGAUUCCAAAGGCCUCAAAUACGAAGAUCUAGAGAUUCGUUUUAUAGAUCAAGAUUCUCUGGUAGCCAGGAUGAUAGUAGUGGAGUGUUUUCAAGUUUCAGACCAUUGUCCGGAUCAUCCAGUAGAAGUCUUGAACGAAAUUAUGAGACUGAUAUUUUAUCAUCUCCUACCCUUAUACCACCUCCGAGUAUGUAUUCAUCAGAUGUUCAACCACUUGUCGAAAGUAACGCUAGAUGUCGUCGGUAUCAAAUUUAUAAACCUACUGAGUUUGCUAGGGAUUAAAAACUAUUAUAAUAUACGUCAUGUGUUAGAUACUUAUAUUCUUUUUUUCCUUGAAAAUGACAACUUAUUUAUUUUCUAUGAACUUAAAAAUGUUAUCAAUCUUCUUAAUAUUAUACGAAAAUCUUAUUUAUGAAUCAAAUUCAAUAUAUAACCAAUUAUAUGUACACAAUUUAAUUUACAACAUAAUAUAUAAUAUGUGUGUAUAAAUACUUUUUUUUUUUUUUGGCAUAAGUGAAUAAUUCAGUUUAAUCCACAUAAUAUAAAGGCCAAGUUUGUUUCCUCUAAGCCUUAUUUUCUUAUUGCGUUUUUCACUUCAUAUUUAUCUAUGUUCUAUUUAUAGUUACGCAAUUUGAGUGUAAUUUACAUUUUACCACUUAUAUUAGAUAUUUUAGUGCGCUAUUCACUCAGUUAAUAUAAAUGGAUUACUAUUUUUGUUUCUUUUUUAGCCAAGAUAAAAUUGUAUUUCAAUACUUAAAUAACUCGUGUGAUUUUAAAAGUAUUAUGUCGUAAUUUUAUUAAGUACAAUAGUUCUUAAAUUAAUAUUAACUAUAUAACAUGGAAAAUAUCAUUUUGCAUCUGUUUUUAUUAUUGCUAUAUUUAAAGUAACCUUGUUAGCUCCAUGCCCUUUUUUUUUCCAAGCGUUGUCAAAUCUGUACAUGUCUUAUAAAUUACGCAAUCCAAUUGGUUUUUUUAUUUAUUCAUCGUACCUAUCUAAUUUAUUUGAAUAUAUUGUCAACAACCCACUAAGGCUGUGAUAAAGGUAGAUAUAUUCUAAGGUCUUGCCUAUCUUUAUUGAUAACAUGGAAAUAAUUAAUAGAUUACCCUCUGAAUGUUUUACUAUGAAUCGCUAUGAAAUUUUUGCUCUAUAACAGAAGAUCUCUUUACAUCUAUAACUUAGUUUAUUAUUUUUUUUUACAUUAAAGAGAGAUAAUGUUAAAAAGCAGCUAGUAUGAAAUUUUUAAGUUCCUAUAUAAUUCUCAUUCAAUUUCCUAUUAUGUUAACUUAUAUAUCUAUGCUAUUAGCUUUUUAAAAAGUUAUAAAUCUUAAAUUUAAUUACACACACAUAUAACAACGUCCCAGUUCAAAACAGCAAAAAAAAAAAAUUUACAAAAUAUAUAUAUAUUUCAAUGUGUGAAAGCAAUUGUUGAACUAUGUCUAGUAAAUAAUCUACUACUUUAUGAGCGAUUCAUUGUAUAUUUUAAUAUUACAAAACUAAACUAAGUAAAGUAACUACAUUUUCGAAAUAAGUUAGUAUUAAAAGACUGAAGCAGCUAAAUUCAAAACUAACCAAAAUAUUUCAAAACAGUUCUUAAAAAUUACUAAAACAUUAAAUACUUCGGAGCUAAAUAAUUCGAAAAAAACGUGUGUAAUCGUCUAAGACAAAACUUAAUUUUGUUUGCGUGUAUUUUAUCAAAACUUAUUACGAAAAUGAUUUGUGGUUUUUGUUUAUUUAUAUAUCCAUUUAUAUAUUACUAUUGUACAUAGGAUGUAAAAUAUUUGUAUGUUUAGAAUUAAAUAUUGUAUGAUAAUAAUAAUUACCAAUAAAAUC